AUGUCGACGCCGACCGUCACAUCCGCCGAUGAUGCGGGGUGGAGAUUCGCACAGUGCUUCGGUGACAAGGUCAGUUGGGUCGUGGUGGUGGCCCCUUCCGAUUCUAGGGCCCAGGGGCUCUUCUUCCAAGCCAUGCGACUGACUUGGUCCGGAUCUCUCUCGCAAUAGGGUGAAGUUGAGGAUAUCACCGAGGCUGAUAUCAUUUGUAAGUCCGGCAACGGGAAGGGGUCGCAGGUAGCCAGCGCAGGCAGACGGCCGUAUCGGUCAGCGUCAUCGGUCCGGAUCCAAAGGCCCUGCGUCCGGUCACCCUCGUCUCCAGGGGUAGCUCACAAGCCAUUGCGGAGAACUGACUUCAAAUUUGCUUCUCGCCCGAACGAUUCCCACAAACCAUCACAGCCACGGUCGAGUUCGAUCACACGGGUGACUAUCUCGCAACGGGGGACAAGGGCGGCCGCGUUGUGCUCUUUGAACGCAACGAGACCAAGAAGGGGUGCGAGUACAAGUUCUACACCGAGUUCCAGUCGCACGAACCCGAGUUCGACUACCUCAAGUCGCUCGAGAUCGAGGAGAAGAUCAACAAGAUCCGAUGGUGCAAGAGGCAGAAUGCCGCCCACUUCCUGCUCUCGACCAAUGGCAAGUUGCAAGCAACCACUACCCCUUUCCUUCCGCAUGAUUCGGGACUCGUUUUCUUCUGGUCGGGGUGAUGUGGCGUUGGAGUACUGCGACGCAUGCAUCUUGCUCGCAUCGUUUUCUCGGACCGGUACACUCGCGCCCCGUUGCCCACCCGCGCCCUUCCCGCGCCUGUGCGCCAGCCAACCCAGCCAGUUUGGGCCAGCCGGAGGCUCAGCGAGCGAGGCCGCUGCUUGUGCAAUUGGCAGACGCGGCGCGCGGGCGGGCGUCGCACCCCGCCUCCCGGUGGCACCACCACACACACCGCGACCGCCGAGAUCACGUCCACCAUCCUUCAAAGCUCUGAGCUGACGACGUGUGCUGCUUCCCGACGAUCUUUACAGACAAGACAAUCAAACUGUGGAAGGUGUUUGAGAAAUCGCUCAAAGUCGUCGCAGAGAACAAUGGCUCGAUCGCCUCCAACUCGAACGCGCUUGGCGGGGGAGCUCCACCUCGUCGCCGCCACCACCGCCUCCACCGAUCGCGAUCCCGGGGCUGA